GAGCUGCGCUAAGCAGUCAGGGGCAACGGGCUGUUCACAUCAAGAUCGUAUUCUUGCAAACUGUCGCAUUGAAAGGGGAGCGACAAUUGAUCUUCGAGCACUCCAUUGAAGCAUUCUUUGUUGUUGUCGUUCUUCUUAUUAUUAUUUUUCUUCUUCGUUACCAAGACACUCGCUUCAAGCCUCACCACUCGACUUCGACGUCCGAAUCCACGAUGGCAGGCCUCUUUUCUUCUGAUCUCAUCAGUCCUUCGGUCGCAUCAGCCCUGCCGCAAGGCUACACGAUCCGAGCCCUCCAACAGUCUGAUUAUGAAGCGGGCUUCCUCGACUGCCUCAGGGUGUUGACAACCGUUGGCGAUAUUAGCAAGGAGCAAUUUGCGGAGCAAUAUGAGACUCUGAAGAAGAAGGAGGACGUAUACUACGUUUUGGUAAUCGAGGAUGCUAGUAGUGGAAAGCCCGUCAUUGUGGGCACUGGCGCGCUCAUUGUUGAACAGAAAUUCAUCCAUGCGCUCGGUAAGGUCGGUCAUAUUGAGGAUAUUGCAGUAGCGAAGGACCAGCAGGGCAAGAAGCUGGGACUGCGACUCAUCCAAGCACUCGACUUCAUUUCCGAAAAGGUCGGCUGCUACAAGACCAUCCUCGACUGUAGUGAAGCCAACGAAGGCUUCUAUGUCAAGUGUGGCUACAGGAGAGCCGGGCUGCAGAUGGCUCACUAUUACGAGAACGAGAAGAGUAAGCAUUGAGGUGCUCUCGUUUGCAUUGUUCGGCAAAGAAUACAAGCAAGAAAGUCUUUGCUAAUUCUUGGGUCGUUUUUACUCAAUAGAGCCGAAGUUAUAGUAGAGAGCCAGAAUUGCGUCGAGAUAUUAUCUUGCUACGAGGCAUGAAAGAGAUAUAGACCAUAAACAUGCAGGUUGAAAUGGCAGGGAAUAAACAAAAAGGUUCAGAAGCCUUGACAUAUUCUUGGAAACGCGUGACGUAUUAUGUGGAUUAUAGCCUAGGAAAGUAUGACAGUUUACUUUCGGAUUAUCAUGCAUGCAUACAAAGCGCAAUAUAUCAUUGCAAUGUCUCAAGACAUGAUGCCGCAUUCGGAACUAAAACCGCAAAAACCUCACUCAAUAAGAGCGAGCGCUUGUUAUCAAACAGCGGCCAGAAG